GUUGUUUCUACUUUCCACCCAUCUCCUUCAUUGUUGUUUCUACUUCCCAUUCCAUUGACGACGCAGCAGUGAGUGAAGAACCUUUUCUAGUAGUUUGCAAUUUUGCUAAAUUAGCUAAACUAAAUUACUUUACUAAAAUAAAUCAUAACUACAAAAAUUAAACCAUAACUUACAGGCCAAAGACCACAACCAUAAAAUCAAUGCCCAACUUUAAAACCUUUUCUAGCAGUUUGCAAUUUUGCUAGAACACCAUAUUCACAUUUAGGGCUUUCCAUUGCAAUUAACCUUCUUGAUGUUGAAGAAUGAGAUGUGGUAAUGCUCUUCAUAGCAUGAGAUAGAUGAAAAAAAUAAAAAAAAAAACAGAGAUUGUUGCUGAUUGUUUCGGUUUUAAUGGAGAAUUUGGGGUGUGGGUUUUAAUGGAGGAAAGAAUUCAUGGUAAAAUGAUGAAGCUGGGUUAAACAUAAGCUACAGCAACUUUACCGGAACAAUAGGUAAAAAUGGAUUCAACAGCAUUCCGGGUAAAUUGAUACAAUACAUAGGAUUAUUCAUGGUUAAUCGAUAAGUUAGAAUUAUUAUAAAAAAAUCGUGAAUAAGUUGGAUUAUUAUGGGUAAAUUUUUCAAAAUUCUAAUCAAUUUAUUAUUUAUUUUUUUAAGUUUCAUCUCCUUUGCUUCAAUCCUUUCCUCGCUCAGUGUUUCCUUCUGUCCACUACCUUCAAGCUUCAUCAAUGGCGACACAAUCUAAACCUCACGCUCAAACAGAUUCUCUAAUCCUCUUCUCUGAUCCUUCCUCUUUCCAACCUCAACCACCUCCACCUCCUCCUCCACCGUCUACAGAUAAACCUUCAUCUGCUCCACAAACGACGUCAUUUGGACUAUUUUCUUUCCAGAAAAGGCCGCCUUUGAGAGUUACUACUGAGUUCGACAGUGACAGUUCAAUAUUCUUCCACAAAAUUUCAUCGAAACUUUUCAAUGGCUUCGCUAAGCUUAAAUUAUCUUUCCAGAAUAAUCCAAAAGGAGAAAUUGCUGAUCCUCAGGUCGCCAUUAUUACCAAACAUCUUGCUUUUCAUUAUGACAUUGAGGAGCAGAAUGCUCUGGUCAAAGGUUUUCUUGAUGUUGGUCCUAAUCUUAAACUCAAAGCUUUCCAUGAUGUCAAGGCCAAACAAGGAGAAGUUACAUUGGCCGCAAAUCUUUCUGAUCCAGGCUACAAAAUUGAACUGGCAUCUGCUGUUCCAUCUAUUGGUUUGCCAAAAGCAACUUUCAAGUUUCCCAGUGGUGAAGUUUCAUUAGAAGAGAAAAAGGAUGAAGAAGUGAAGAGAGUUUUAUCAAUAAAUGGCUUUGUAAAAGGUUCAUUUCUUAAUGGCGUUGGCUCUGCUUUUUACAGCAAUGAAACUUUGAAUCUAAGAUACUCUUAUAAGGAUGGUGACAUGUCCUUCAUUCCAAGCAUUUCUUUGCCUUCAAAUGCUGUCUCAUUUGCAUUCAAGCGACGCUUUGGUCCUUCAGACAAACUAAGUUACUGGUAUAACUUUGAUACAAACUAUUGGAAUACUGUAUAUAAGCACACUGUUGGCGAGGAUUAUAAAUUCAAAGCUGGGUAUGAUUCUGAGGUUAGGCUUGGCUGGGCAUCACUUUGGGUUGGAAAUGAAGGUGGAAAAGCUAAAACUGCACCAAUGAAAAUGAAAGUGCAGUUCAUGCUUCAAGUGCCUCAGGACGACAUAAAAUCUUCAGCUUUAAUGUUUCGGGUGAAGAAGAGGUGGGAUAUAUGAACAAACUUGAGCUGGAUUUACUUUUUUGUAUGUAAACCACAAUAAAUCCUGUUAAUCUGUAGGCAUUUUUGUUUCUACGUAUACAAUUCUUGUAAUUCGUUGAAGUGUAAUAACAAUUGCUCUUAGCUAUGUACUGCGUAAAAUUUAAGAAAUCUAA